AUGAAUCGACCAUUACCCCUAAUGCCUGAUCCACUCGUUCCAAGUAGGUAUCGUCCCCCUCCUCAUUUAAAUCCACCUUCUUCUGCUCCGAUCCAAUGUUCUUCAUCAUCGUUGUUUAAUUAUUCAUUCCGAAUUCAGUUAAUGCUUCAAAAGCAAUCCAUGUUCAAUCCGUUGCUUUGUAGUAAUUGUGCAAGCGAUGAGAAUGUGUUACAGGAUCGUUCCGAAGGUACUAUGGUGUGUCGGGCUUGUGGUCUUGUUGUGAUGAAUCAUUUAAUUGAUUGGAAUGAAGAAGAAAAGAGAGAUUUUAAGGAUGAGAAUGCGCUCCAUGAAUCAGAAGCCUCGCAUUCACGAGUGGGACAGUCAUUGUUUGACAUGGAUGAAAAUACUGUGAUCAUGAUGACAACAACAGGUAAUCGUACCAAUAGUGGAGAUUUAACUUUGGGAACUCGAAUUGCAAACACAACUCAUGCAAACAAACAAUUCAUCCAACUAGGUUCGAAAAAUUUGGAGCGAGAAUUUCUUUUGGAGGGUUUUACAAAGAUUUCGGAUAUUAUGUUGAACCAGUUGAAUUUGGAAUCGAAACAUACAUUUCGAGUGAAACAAUUGCUGAAAAUUUUGUACACAAAUCACAAGCACAAAUUGAAUAAGAAGACACUUCCAGAAUGCAUUGGUGCAUGUUUGUAUUGUGGUCUCAAGGCAGAAGGAAUUGCAAAAACGAUCAAGGAAUAUUCUGUCUUGUUGCAAGUGAAACUGAAAUCAUUGAACACAUGGAUCUCGUUGAUCAAUAAGGACGCUGAUACACGACAAUUGAUUCAAACAGAAAAGUACAAUUCACCACAAUCCUAUGUUGAGAAAUUUGCAGAUGAUUUAAAGUUAUCUACCAAAGUGAAAUACCAAAUUGUGGAAUUUAUUGAAAAACUAAUGACCUUUCAAGAUCAUGACGAAAUGGCUAAUGCUUUAAUUGGAAAGAGUCCUGCCACAAUAGCUGCCGUUUGUAUUUUAUAUGUUGGAGAGAAGGAUCAAAUUAAGGACAUUAAUUUGGACAGUAUUGAGGGAGUAAGUGGAAUUACGAAACAAACCCUCUCUAGAUCUCUAAAGUUAUUAAAUAAGUAA